AACAUUCUUUGCGGCGAAGGCGACGACCGACGAGAUUGCGACGGAGACGAAGGCGAUCGCGAAACGAGAUGAUGUCGCUGGUUGAUUCUACAGCACCAACCGUGGUGGAUAAAUAUCGAUCCAUUCGACCCCAAUCUGCUCGCGAGCCUUCAACCGGCGUCUGGUUCCCUCGUCGCCGGAUCAAAGGUCAACUUUUGCCUCUGUGAUUAUUAGGCCUUUUCUGGAGUGACCAUGAUAGGUUCAUUCAUCAGUAGAGUUUUGAUACUUGCUCUUGGCCAUGUUUAUCCAGCUUACAAGUGUUACAAGACUGUGGAGUUGAACAAGCCAGAGAUCGAGCAGUUGCGUUUCUGGUGCCAGUAUUGGAUUUUAGUUGCAUUUUUAUCAGUAUUGGGCGCCUUUGCUGAUGUAUUCUUCUCAUGGCUUCCACUCUACUAUGAAGCAAAACUGGGAAUCUACCUGUUUCUGUGGUAUCCCCAAACAAACGGUGCAACAAUUGUCUAUGAGAAGUAUGUCGGGCCUUAUAUUGCGGAGCAUGAACAUGAAAUUGAUCUUACCUUGUUAGAGUUCAGAGCAAGGGCUUCAGAUAGUGCACUGAUAGCUCAGCAGUUGCUUGCGAGUUACUUGAAGGCGAGCCUUUCUGGGAUGGUGAAGUAUGCUCUUUUAAUGAUGCCGGCACAAAAAUUGGAUGCUUUCCAGUUUCAGCAACUGCAGCAACCUGGGCAGCCACAGGAACCUUUGACACCUUCUGUAAUGCUGCCUGCUCAUCAACCUGCAGCAUCGCAGCCACCUCAAAGUGAAGCGAGAGCUCUGUUUGAUCCUAUGGAGAGCAGCGAACCACAAGAACAACCAAUAAAGGAAGGCAUGUCUCUCCAUCCUUCUCCAGCUCAGUCCCAAGAAAGAGUUCCUGAAACAAACAGUCUGCAAACUGCUCGAAUACCCACACCAACUGAAGAACCAAUUGAGGUUGAGACUUCCAGCUCCGAAGCAGUACAAAACUCAGACCAGCAAUUAGAGGCGGCGCUGACCGAGGAGACAGCAACACAUACAGCACGGGACAGCUUGAGAAAAAGAGUUGUCAUUGCUACAAUCAGCCCUGCCGAUCCAUAGCUUCUCGGUGAAAGGUUGCAAGAUGAUUGCUUCAUAGACAAUAAGAUUACCAAUUUAGAUGGACGUUAAUGGAAAUUGUUUAAGACUUAUACUGACUUAUACUAAUAAAGACAAUAUAGACAGUUAUUCGACAUUCA